UUUUAAUUAUUUUCCACAAAUUACUCGGCUUCUUUUUUUUCCCAUCUUUCCUCUGUCGCUUAUAUAUACUCCUUUAUUCUCCGAUCAACAACGCCAGAUCUAGAUUGUUCUUCGAGAGUUUACCGUCUGUUUGAAGUGAUAUUUGCUCAUCUUCUCUCCAGAUCUCAUCUCUACUUCGAAGAUCAGAUAUGGCUUGCUCUAAUGCCUUCCUUGUUUCGCUGCUCGUUUUGGCGGUGGUUGGAUCUGCUUUAGGUCAGGCUCCGGCAGCCUCUCCGACGAAACCCGCCUCGCCUGCGCCGAAGAAAGCUUUGACUCCAGUUGCGUCUCCGACCGCCACUCCGCCAUCUUCGUCUGCGACGCCUCCUACCGCAGCUACUCCUGCUCAGACCCCUCCAGCCACCGCGUCUCCGCCGUCCCCUGGCAUCGCUUCUUCUCCCACCACGGCCACGGGUCCAAGCAGUGUAACUCCUUCAACAAUCGCAUCUCCUGGCUUUUCACCUGCGCUCGCGCCGAAUGCUAACAGCGCUGCCGCUUUGAACAGAGUCGCACUUGCCGGAUCUGCAGCGGCAGCUUUCCUCGCCGCCUCACUGCUGUUCUAAACUCUCGGAUCUGCGGGAUGACGGAGCCUCCUGUCACAUUCGCUGGAUCUGACGAUUUAGGUUUUUUCACUUAGCUAUAUGUUUUUGUUUUUUGUUUCACUUGCGUUUAUUGCUCCGGCUUUGAGCGGUGGCGGUGUUUAUCGGUGGCGAUUGAGGGGAGAGUGGGUACAUUGACUGACCUCGAUUCGUUGUUGACUUAUUGUUGUUCAUUGUUACUAUUUGUGAUGAUAUCUACUACUGCUAUAUUAUUUGUAUUACUCUUGAUACUGUUAUGAAAAUUUCAUUAUAUUUUUACUCUUGAUUUCCCAAUCCCUUGUUUUGGUCCAAAGCAUUAAACUCAAACUGACGGAAUUUGAAAUCAUGAAAAAGUGAUUCAAUAUCAUUGUAUGUAAAAGAAGAAAAGGAAUUUUGGGGGAAUUUGUUGGUAUAAACCCUAAUCUGCUCCGAAUACUCGGG